AUGCUGCCCGUCGUGAGCGUCGUGUACACUAAGGCGAGCAGCGUGUCGUCGGAGGAGACGCAACUGGCGCAGUAUGUCGCGCUGUGUCUAGCGACGAGCGGACGCUGUGCCAAGACGUACCUCGUGGGCAUACACGCAGACGAGACGCGACCCGAUGAUAGGCGGCUGAAGACGACCGCAUCUGGGGCGAUGGCGCUGCGUUCGGAUGGCGCGGUACUUCACAGCCGUCAGCUGUCGGGCGAGUUGUACGAGGAGACAGACGAUUGGAUGAAAUUGGGGACCUGCGACCUGUGGCUCCUGGUGCUCGAGGUAGACGUGACGCUUUCCGUCGUCGAGUUUCUGCGCAAGCGACUUGGACAACAGGAUCAGGACCGCCCAAAGCGUGUGGUGUGGAGUCUGCAGACGACGCUGCGGCGUCUUGCUCUUCUAAACGCUGCAUUGCCGGACGCGAUUGUGCUGCAUGGCGGCACUGCUUUCCAGAUCGUCAAGGACGAAAAAGACGUGCUGAGACCAUUGUCGAAUGGCUGUUUCUUUGUCGAGCGGCUUUCGAACGAAAAGAGUUCUGCAAUCUAUGCGCUAAACGUGCUGGAAGGCACGGGAAUCCAAGUGCUUAGCCGAGGAAACGUGCAAGCAAUCAAGUGGGGAUGCACGAUGCUGCGGACCUUUUACUACAUCAAUGCACUGACGGGAAAGAGCGUCCAUGAGGGACUGCGUGAUCGGAAGACACGGUUUGUGUUUCUUCAGGCGCUGACAGAGAUGGAUCGCUUGUUUCGCGCAGUGCUGGCAAGUGUUGCAGCUGCAAACAAGAAGUCUGAACGGAAGAGCGGGGAUGCAGACCCUGAUACGAGCGCGGCCACACUGUUUUCAGUGCGGUCACUGAUGGUGCUACUUCCCCUUCCCGAUUGGAUCUUUAACCACUUCGUCCUGCGAAUGCUUGAUCUUGGCCUCGGAGCUCCGUUUGAGGAAGCUACAUCUGUUAUCACGUCCGAUUUGGCUGCAAGGCCACCACUGCAAACGAAGUUUGAGACUGAAUUUAGGGAUGUCUUUGAGCUGGCGGCCGGGCGUGAUAUGGUUUUACCGGCCUUGGAGAUGGUAAAGAAGAAGUUUGCUUCCAUCAGGAAGCAGCAGGAGCUGGAGGAGAAAGAUGGUGUCACGAGCAGAACGACGGUGUGUAUCGAUAGUGCCGCUCUGCUUGCGGAAGUGACGUUAGCGCCUGACUGCACUUCGGCAUCCCGUACCUUUUUUCUCAAGGCGUUUGCUACGUUUGUGCUCACGCUGCUGUUAGGACUCUAUCUUUUUGUUUGGUAG